UCGUGUUUGGUCUGGACUGUGAAAAUGGCUAUUAAGUAAAUUUCAUUAAGUAUUCUUUUCGCAUUGAUAAAGGACAUCAAAGUCAGUGGGAUGGACAAUUGCAUUGUAUAAACAGUCUACAGUAAAAAAAAAAGAUAGGUACAAUAGUAAACGUGCUAUAAUUCGAGUUGCUUUUAAUUCAUUUCAAUUGGUUAUUCCUGGUUAAGUCACCUAACUGGGUCAAUGCUGAAGGACAUUGGCAGGGAAACAUUAACCGGCUCCAUUAUCUUCACCUAAACUGUUGACGGAUGACGUCAAUAUGCUCGAGUGCGCUUUCAAACACGCGCUGGAGACAUAACUCUCUUCCUCGAUCGCGCGUCAACAUCAUCGCAAGGUUUGCGUGUACAUGCACUUAGAUGCAUACAGAUUGAAAGUGUGUACGCACAUUUGUGAUUAGAGGAACACGCCGUGAAACUUUUACCUUGUGAGAAGCGCCUGUCUCUCGAAAGUUUGAUAGUGAACAGGAUGAAACAAGCUAAAAGCGCAUCGGAGUUCAUUGACCUGAGCUUUCUGUCCGCCGAGGAAGAGGCUGCGAUCCGACAAGUGCUUCUGCGGAAUGAGGAUUUGACAAGACUGGAGAGUGGACGAGUCAGGAAACUGAGGCAGUCAGUCCCCGACCUUACUCAGCUCAAGACCUUGUCAGGUGAGUGGUUCGAGGAGAUCAGAUCCGAGCGAUACGGGCAGCGGACCGAUGUCACAGCGGUAGUGAGAUCCUCCAUGAGAUGGAAGAAAACAGCAGCUCAUAAAUCCAACCCAUUUCUGGAUAAAAUAGCGGAGAAGACAGAAGGUGAAAAGGAGACGUGCACCACACCUCCAAAGGCAUCUGAUGACCCUAGGUUAAUUCACCCAGCGCUCAGUCAAGAGACGUAUCGACAAUAUACCGAUGAGGACUUUAUGGAAGAUGGUCUGACUGGUAAAAGCUCACCAGAGACUGUCGAAACAUCAAAUGGUCACAAACCCACCUUCAACACUGACCCCAGAAACGGUUCAACACAAGAAGAUUCAAAAGCUGCAAAUGCUCACAGACCCGCCCUCAAUGGCACUGAGCCAGAAAACAACACAACGCAACCCAAACACUUCUCUAGUGACCGAACAUCAAGCAAUGUUCAAUUGUCAAGUGAAGUUCCAAUGCAACCCGAAACUAAAUCUGAAAGAAGUGCCACAAAAGACGAAGCCAAUGCAGAGCCGAGGAGAAUGAUUUCACUUCCACCUGCGCUGCGGAAAGACCAGUCAUUCGAAGAGAACUGGGUGAAGAUCACCCUAGAGCCAAACCCAAUUAAACCAGUACAGGAUGACAGCGCUGGACUUAAACUGAAAGAGGUAAAUACACAUGACGAGAGCACGGAGACUCUGAUGAAGCAGGACGUGUCAGAUCAAAAGAAACCAGAUCGAAAUUUUGGAGAGUCUUUAUCUUUGAAUAUUGCGGAUCAAACAACGUUUCAAAUCGUAUCUGAGAAAAGACCUCCGUCUAAACCUAAACGCAUUAGCCGAGAUGUUUCUUUAGAAAGCUGUUCAUCUUCCCCAGCGGAGAACAAUAAUAAGCCAAACAUCUCAAGAGGUUCAGAUCAAGGUUCAAAAGAAGUUACUGAAUCAGCCAACGCCAGCACAGGCGAAAAUCAGCAAAAUUCAAUUACAUUACUAUUUCGAGAGUCUGAGACCGAUAAGCCGUCUUUCUCAAACUUUGCUAAUGAGCGAGAGGCCAAAGUGGUCUCCAGAGAUGAUGAGGCAGGUUUAGACAGGAAGGAAAGUGAACUAAAAAAUGUAAGCAGUGGUACGCUUGCCAAGACAGACACGGAUGCAUUUGAGCGUGAAGCUGGUGAAGAAAAAAUCAAUGAGCAGCCCUCUGUUGAACGGCCAUCCCUCGGCAAGUUAAAAGGGGGAAUUAAAAUGAGAUCUCAUGAAAUUUCCUCUGACACUUUGCAGGAAAACAACAAACCAGUUGAGAUGGCAAAGAAGUCAUCUAAUAUCCAGAUUGAUCUGUUGUUGCCGAAUCAAAAAACUGAAGUUGUGAAACCACGUGCCAGUGAUAUGACUGUGAAAAGGGAUCCUGAAAUGAAUGAAGAAAAAGACAAAAGAAAGCCAUCAGGUGAUCUGAACUUACCAAAAGACACCCGUACCCCAAGCCAUGUUUUAACAGAACUAAGUGAAGAGCGUCUUUCCAUGACAGAUGAUGGGAAACUAGCACACAGCGGAGAUACUUUGCAUGUUAGCAUGAAAGACAAUGAAAAACCUCGCCAUGAAGAAAUAGAAAUAAUAAAGACGAAGCCGUCAAAUGAACUGAAGCGACCGGUUGACACACAUACUAGUCCAAGUGAUGUUAUAACAGAACUAACCAAAGACCAUCUUGCCAUGUCAGAUGAUGGGACGGCAGUGCGCGGUGGAGAUGUUAUCUACGAAGAAACAUCUUUUGAAACAACUCCGCAAGCUAAAGGUUACAAAUCAUCGAGAGAUGGCGAUGUUGUAACAGAACAAGCAAGGGGUUCCUCAGACAUAAAAGCGGUGAAGGGAGACAGAGACAGAGACCAGAAGGCAGAAUCAAAUAUUCUACUAAGUGUUCUUGCGAGAGCUCAAAAGGCAAGACCACCUGUCCUUCAGAUGACCUCUGUAAAAGAGCUAAAGCAGGAGGAGAGAGAUGAUAAGAUUCCCACAAUAGUGAUAAUGCCGUCUGGAUCUCCAGAAUCAAAACGAAUGGAAGGAAACAAAAAUGAAGCAUUGAUUUUGGAGGCUUCGGGUGAGGGUUUUAAAACUCCCUCCUACACCACAGAUUUCUGGGAGGAUGAAGGAGUGAACUCCGAUGAUGACAGCUCACUGUCCAGCUAUGGGUCAGAUCUGUCGAGCAGAAAAGGUCGUUCUGCAAGCGCAUUGUCUCUUACUGAUCGCACCGGCAGUUUGUUGAGUGUGUACAGUGAAGCAGGAGACUUUGGGAAUGUUCAGGUGCAAGGUUCUGUGGAGUUUGCUCUGAUGUACAGUCCUGUCGGAGAGCUCAUCAUCAUGAUUGAACAGUGUCAAGAUCUGGCUAUUGCCAGUACUCGCAAACAACGCACAGACCCCUACGUGAAGACGUACCUCUAUCCAGACAAGUCUCGGCGCGGUAAAAAGAAAACCUCCAUUAAGAAACGCACUGUGAACCCUGUAUACGUCGAAUCUCUGAGAUACAAAGUGACACGCCAGGAGCUGCCAGGAAAGACUCUGAAUUUGUCCGUGUGGCACAAUGACUCCAGGGGUAGAAACGUUUUUCUGGGACAGGUGGAGAUCAAUUUCAAGACCUGGGACUGGGCACACGAGGCCCUUACGUGGUACAACCUACAGGCCAAGAAUUCAGAAAAUCCAGAAUUGCAAGAGUCUCAUGGAUCACUAUCAGUUUCUCUGAAAUAUGUUUCUCCUGAUCCCGCGGGUGGAUCGAAGAACAGCUCGGGGGAAAUUCAUGUCUGGCUGCGCGAGGCCAAAGAAUUACGUCGCCUGAAGCCUCAGGGAGUCGAUUCUUUUGUUAAGUGCUACAUUUUACCCGACACGAGGAAGAAAAGUCGUCAGAAGACUCGCGUGAUAAAAAAGACGCAGGAUCCUGUGUAUAAUCACACCAUGGUGUAUGACGGGUUCCAAACCGGAGAACUCAUGGAGGCCUGCUGCGAGUUAACCGUGUGGGAUCACAACACGCUGUCCAAUCAGUUUCUCGGAGGCGCACGACUCAGUCUCGGAACAGGGCAGAGCUAUGGCAAGAAAGUUGAAUGGAUGGAUUCGACGAACGAGGAAGUACAAAUAUGGAAACGAAUGUUGGCCAAUCCAAACAGCUGGGUUGAUGGAGACGUGCCCCUGAGAUCCUCCAUGACUUCAAAAUGAAUUGAAUUUCAUUUGUGGUCUUAACAUUUUGGUUUGGGAAAGGCAAAGCAAAGCAAAGAAACACAAAACAUUUAAAAAUGUAUUUUUUUGUUAUUUGAGUACCAAUUCGGAGUACUGUAUAUGUAAAGUAGUUCAUUAUUGUCUGAGUGCCUAUCAAAUUGUUCCACAGGUACAUAAAUUAAUAUAUGCAAGUCAUUUAUGAGAUGCAAUCUAUGCAUAUUUAAGAAGAAUAAAACUGACUCCAUAAAAUGUAUGUUUAUGUUUUGAAAGGACAAGGACACACAUGAGACCGAUUUGAUAAAAAAUAAAAUAAAAUAGCAAAUUA